AACACUCAAAGAGGCAGCAAAACAACCCACCGACAGCUGUCACACUCCGUUUCGAUGACAAUUCGAUCGCGCGGAAAAUACAACCCAAGCCCGCGCCGGUGUGUAUGUGGGUCGUUGGAUAAAUAUACGUUGUGUGGUUAAAUUGUUGUAACCGUCGGCAUUAAUCAAGUAAUUUCCUGUAUCAUUGCCGACCAGAGGCUGUCGGUUUGUGUUUUGUUUCGAUUUUUUUUAUUGAACCGUCGCGGUUGCUGCUGAAGUUCCUCGAACGUUGUGACUCGCAAGUCGGUGUGCUUCCGCAUACUGUCUAUGUCCCUCUGCCGCCGAAAUGAACACCAAACGCAAACCAUUCACCAAACCCAACGAAGCGGCAUCGUCCAGUGGGCCGAAAAAGUUCCGCGGUGGCGAUGACGAGGAGGAAGAGUUCGAAAGCUACUUCGAGGCCGAGCUGGCCAACCUGGACGACGAUGCCGACACGGCCCGCAUCGGGCUGGGACCGGAGAGCGAAAACACCUGCGCGAAGUGGAGCCGCCCGGCACCGGCCCCGCUCGAUCCGGCCAGGGAUGCGCUCGUGUUCCAGCAGAUCGACAUCGACAACUACAUCGGCCAGCCGAUGGCCGGUAUGCCCGGGGCACAGGUCGGUCCCGUGCCGGUGAUGCGCAUGUUCGGCGUAACGAUGGAGGGCAACUCGGUGUGUGCGCACGUGCACGGCUUCCUACCCUACCUGUACGUGGCGGCGCCGCGCGGCUUCAGCAAGGCCCACCUGCAGGAGUUCCGGGCCGCCCUGGACAAGGCCGUCCUGCACGAUAUGCGCACGAACAAGGACAACGUGCAGGAGGCGGUGCUGGAGGUGGAGCUGGUCGAGCGGCAAUCGAUCAUGGGCUACAACGGGGAGGAUCUGUUCACGUUCAUCCGCGUGACGGUGGCGCUGCCGAAGCUGCUGGCCGCCGUCAAGCGGCUGCUGGAGCGCGAGCAGCUGAUGCCGUCGAUGGACUUCCAGGACUGCCGGGUGUACGAGAGCAACAUCGACUUCGACAUCCGGUUCAUGGUGGACACGGGGGUGGUCGGGUGCAGCUGGAUCGAGCUGCCGGCGGGCAGCUGGACCGCACGGCGCAAGGGCGUCCAGCCCGUGCCGGAAACGCGCUGCCAGCUCGAGGUGGACGUUGCGUUCAACGCGUUCGUCGCGCACGAUCCCGAGGGCGAGUGGGCCAAGGUGGCCCCGUUCCGCAUCCUCAGCUUCGACAUUGAGUGUGCGGGGCGGAAGGGCAUCUUUCCCGAGCCGCAGCACGAUCCGGUCAUCCAGAUCGCGAACAUGGUGAUCCGGCAGGGCGAACAGGAACCGUUCCUGCGCAACGUGUUCACGCUGAACACGUGCGCCCCGAUCGUGGGGGCGCAGGUGCUGAGCCACAAGACGGAGCAGGAGCUGCUGGACCGGUGGGCGUGCUUUGUGCGCGAGCUCGACCCGGACAUACUGACCGGGUACAACAUCAACAACUUCGACGUGCCGUACCUGCUGAACCGCGCGAACCAUCUGAAGGUGCGCAACUUUGAGUACCUGGGGCGCGUCACCAACAUCCGGUCGGUGAUCAAGGACACGGUGAUACAGUCGAAGCAGAUGGGGCGACGGGAGAACAAGUUCGUGAACUUCGAGGGCCGCGUACCGUUCGAUCUGCUGUUUGUGCUGCUGCGCGACUACAAGCUGCGCUCGUACACGCUGAACGCGGUCAGCUACCACUUCCUGCAGGAGCAGAAGGAGGACGUGCAUCACAGCAUCAUUACGGAUCUGCAGAACGAGAGCGAGCAGACGCGGCGCCGGCUCGCGAUGUACUGCCUGAAGGAUGCGUACCUGCCGCUGCGCCUGCUGAACAAGCUGAUGUGCAUCGUGAACUACAUGGAGAUGGCGCGCGUGACGGGCGUACCGCUGGCCUGUCUGCUGACGCGCGGCCAGCAGAUCAAGGUGAUGAGCCAGCUGCUGCGCAAGUCGCGGGUCGCCGGCUACCUGAUCCCGUCGUACCAGAGCUCCGGCUCGGAGGAGCAGUACGAGGGCGCGACCGUGAUCGAGCCGAAGCGCGGCUACUACGCCAAUCCCAUCUCGACGCUUGACUUUGCCUCGCUGUACCCGAGCAUCAUGAUGGCGCACAACCUCUGCUACACCACGCUGGUGCAGCCGAACAUGAAGGACAAGCUGGGCCUGAGCCCGGACCAGCUAACGCACACGCCCGCCAACAACGUGUUCGUGAAGGCGUCGGUCCGGAAAGGCAUCCUGCCGGAAAUUCUCGAAUCUCUCCUGGCGGCGCGCAAGCGCGCCAAAGCCGACCUGAAGGUGGAAACGGACCCGUUCAAGCGGAGCGUGCUGGACGGUCGCCAGCUGGCGCUGAAAAUCUCCGCCAACUCCGUGUACGGCUUCACCGGCGCGCAGGUCGGCAAGCUGCCCUGCCUGGAAAUUUCCGGCUCCGUCACGGCGUACGGUCGCACGAUGAUCGAGCAGACGAAGCAGGAGGUCGAGCAGCGGUACACGGUGGAGCACGGGUACGAGAACGAUGCGGUCGUCAUCUACGGCGACACCGACUCGGUGAUGGUGAACUUUGGCGUGAAGACGCUCGAGCGCAGCAUGGAGCUCGGCAAGGAGGCGGCCGACUACGUGAGCGCCAAGUUCGUCAAGCCGAUCAAGCUCGAGUUCGAGAAGGUGUACUAUCCGUACCUGCUGAUCAACAAGAAGCGGUACGCCGGCCUGUACUUUACCCGCCCCGACCGGUACGACAAGAUGGACUGCAAGGGCAUCGAGACGGUGCGGCGCGACAACUCGCCGCUGGUGGCGAACCUGAUGAACAGCUGCCUGCAGAAGCUGCUGAUCGAGCGCAACCCGGACGGGGCGAUCGAGUACGCGAAGCAAACGAUCGCCGACCUGCUGUGCAACCGGAUCGACAUCUCGCAGCUGGUCAUCACGAAGGAGCUGGCGAAGAGCGACUACGCCGCCAAGCAGGCGCACGUCGAGCUGGCGAACAAGAUGAAGAAGCGCGACCCGGGCAACGCGCCCAAGCUGGGCGACCGGGUGCCGUACGUGCUGAUAGCGGCGGCGAAAAACACGCCCGCCUACAUGAAGGCGGAGGAUCCGAUCUACGUGCUGGAGAACUGUGUGCCGAUCGACGCGAACUACUAUCUCGAGAAUCAGCUGUCCAAACCGUUGCUGCGCAUUUUUGAGCCGAUACUGGGCGAGAAGGCGGAAUCGAUCCUGCUGCGGGGCGAUCACACGCGAACGCGGGCGGUGGUCACGUCGAAGGUGGGUGCGCUCGCGGCGUUUACGAAGAAGCGUGACGCUUGCCUGGGCUGCAAGGCACUGCUGGCCGUUGGGCAGGAGGGGAAAGCGCUGUGCCCGCACUGCACACCGAACGAGGCGUCACUGUAUCAGGGCGAGCUGGCGGCCCAGCGUACGCUCGAGGAACGAUUCUGUCGGCUGUGGACGGAGUGCCAGCGGUGCCAGGGGUCGCUGCACGAGGAGGUCAUCUGUACGAGCCGCGAUUGUCCGAUAUUUUACAUGCGCACCAAGAUCAAGAUGGAGCUGGAGACGCAGGAGAAGCGGGUGGCUCGGUUCGGUGUACCGGCCUGGUAAAGAUCUGAAGUGUUCGGGGGUUUAACAAAACAUGUGUUCUUCUUCCCCCACAUCUAAGCUAUUAGAUUAGUAUCGAUUAAUAGGGUUUUCCAGGAGUUCUCAUAACUGUGGGACACUUUAUUGAUUUUUCUUAUGUGAAAUGAACUUUAUGUAAUGGGAAUUGGACUCUAUAGCAUCCUUGCUGGACAAAUCCAACAGGAAUUUCCAAUGAGAAGUGCCAUAGAGUCGAAUUUCCAUCAUAUGAAGUUCACUUCCCAUUAGAAAGAGUCAGGGAAGUGUCUCACAAAUAUGAGAACCCUUGGAAAACACUGUAAGGCUAUCGUUCGUUCGUUUGUUUGUUCAGCAGAAACGCAACUCCUGUUUCCAGCAUUCACUUGUGAACUUAAAUCCGUCUUGUAUAAUAUUUGUUUAAUGGUACAUACUUUUUCUUUUUAAAUAUAAAAUUAAUGCUUUUCAAUCUAAA